AUGACGCGCUCGACUAGUCGAGCCGGGCAUCAGCCAAAUCUAUGGCUUUUGUUUAUUUUACGUUUAAGAAAAUGGUUUCAACUGCGAUAUUUAUUAACUAUUUUAAUAUGUCUUAUUCUUUUAACAUAUUUACGUCUUAUAAAUCAUGCACCUUCUGAUCAAUUAUUGUUUGAUAAUUUAAAACCUGUUGUUGAAGAAGAGAAAAAUUAUCUCGAUAAUGCUAAUUCAAAUAAAUGCGAUUUUAAAGAAAUUGAAUACUUACUUCGUUAUACUUCUUUAAAAAAUUCUAAAAAUGAUAGUCGUCCACGACCAACAAUUGAACGAUUACAUACACUUUUUCAAAUUCUUAUUUCUUCUGAAGAUAAAUAUCGUGAAAUAUUUAAAUAUUUAAACAUAUUUCGUUUUUCUGAUAUACAUAAUACAUUACGUCCAUAUGCCAAUAAUACUGAACGUUUAUAUGAUAUUUAUUGUAUGUUUCAACGUUAUAUUACUAUAUCAGAUAAUGGUCAUAUUGAUAUAGCACCAAGUUUUAUCCAAUAUUUAAAACAAGUUUCAAGUUAUUUAUCAGAUGGUUAUAAUAGUCAACAUUUACAAUGGAAUAAAACUUCUAUAAAUGAUAUUCAAAAGCCAGUUGUUAUUCUUGCAGCUAAUACACAUUUUUAUCCUAUGUUACAAGCAUCAAUGCGUACAAUUAAUCAAUAUUUGAAAGACUAUAAAGUUGUUAUAUAUGAUCUUGGAUUAAGUUCAAUUCAAUUGAAUAUGACUCAAGAAAAUUGUGAUCGUUGUGUAAUUAUUAAAUUUCCAUUUCAUGUAGUUGAAACUGUUGCUCCUCAUGUUCGAAUGUUAGGUAGUUUUGCUUGGAAACCAAUUGUAAUUCAGGAUGCUCUACGACGGUUUGGUUCGAUUAUUUACGGUGAUACUUCUGUUCGAUAUAAAACAUCAAAUUUCAAUCGAUUACUUAUUGAUAAUUUAAUACGUGGUUUUUCCUGUCGUGAAUUACCCUCACAUUAUGUAUCAUGUUACACUUUAAGUAAAACAUUUACAUGGUUUAAUGAUACAUUUAAGACAUUCGAAGAUAUUUAUAUUGCUGAAGCUGGUUUUCUUGCUGUAACAGAUAACUUUUUAUCAAGACUAAUUCUUAAAACAUGGGUAACAUGUGCACUUGAUUCCGAUUGUAUAGCACCAAUAAAAUCGAAAACUGAAUGUAAACGUCUAACUGUUCAAGCAAAUGUGCAUCGUUAUGAUCAAUCAGCAAUGGUAAUUGUACUAUCAUAUUAUUUUUUUCCAAGUUCACGUCAUAAUGAUAAGAGUGAACCAGCUCCGUAUGAUAUGUAUUCAUCAAUACAAGCAAGCAUCGCUGACGUUCGACGUGCCGAAGGUGAUCCGAAUUAUUUUACAACAAAAAAAAAUCUGAAUCAAUAA